CUCUGCAGUACGGGUUUGGGGAACUUACUUUACCUGCUAGAUAGGAUGAAUAUUGUGGAUCUAUUAUAUUCUUGCUGUUUGGAUAUUUGAGGACAGCACUAGCUCGCGUUGGGCUGUAAUGUGAGAGCUAUAGAAAAACACACGGGAGGUUUUGCGCAGAAAUUGCCGCACCGUUCUCCACUCGUAUUGCCCACCCUACAAGGUGAGCACACGAAGCAGGUGUAGUGCUCCACUUAACAUGGAGAUGUUUGACGUUUGGUGGAACAUGAUGCUGGAAGACCCGUUGGGUCGUUGACUGUUUGAACAAGACAGGACUGUUGGAUGUGCGCUCAAACCGAUUGAACUUUCACUGCCAUCCAGUUCUGCGAGUUGGAGCUCCAGGAUGACUGUGGUGGUGGGUGGAGAUAACAUGGACGAAACCUCCUCGACCUUGCAGGGGCAUCCACAGGAUUCGCAGUAUUCCCCCGAGUGCUGCGAGCGGGUGGUUAUCAACAUCUCAGGGCUUCGCUUCGAGACGCAACUCAAGACUCUCGCCCAGUUCCCAGACACUCUGCUGGGCAACCCCAAGAAAAGGAUGCGCUACUUUGACCCUUUAAGGAACGAGUACUUCUUCGACAGAAACCGUCCAAGUUUUGAUGCCAUCCUUUACUAUUAUCAGUCGGGAGGAAGGUUAAGGAGACCUGUCAAUGUUCCUUUGGAUAUGUUCUCGGAGGAAAUUAAGUUUUAUGAGCUUGGAGAAGAGGCUAUGGAGAAAUUUCGUGAGGACGAGGGCUUUAUUCGUGAAGAAGAGCGCCCCCUGCCGGAGAAUGAGUUUCAGAGACAGGUCUGGCUGCUGUUUGAGCAUCCCGAGAGUUCGGGCCCUGCCAGAGGGAUAGCAAUAGUGUCUGUCAUGGUUAUUCUCAUUUCCAUUGUUAUAUUUUGUUUGGAGACUCUACCGGAGCUGAAAGAAGAUCCGCAAGGACGGAUCCAAAUUAUAGGCAACAGCACAUUUUACUACAAACCAAAUAUUCUUACCGAUCCAUUCUUUAUCGUGGAGACACUCUGCAUCAUCUGGUUUUCCUUCGAGUUGAUUGUUCGUUUUUUUGCUUGCCCAAGUAAACCCGCUUUCUUUAAAAACAUGAUGAACACAAUCGACUUGGUGUCUAUUAUUCCAUAUUUCAUAACGCUUGGAACUGAGUUGGCAGAGGACAAAGGUGGAAAGGAGACAAAGGGUGGAGGGGAGCAGGCCACGUCUUUGGCCAUCCUCAGGGUUAUCCGCCUGGUCAGGGUGUUUAGGAUAUUCAAGCUCUCAAGACACUCCAAGGGGCUUCAGAUCUUAGGUCAGACUCUGAAAGCCAGUAUGAGAGAGCUUGGCCUCUUAAUCUUCUUUCUUUUCAUUGGCGUCAUCUUAUUUUCCAGUGCGGUGUAUUUCGCUGAGGCAGAGGAGAAGGAGUCUUUCUUCACGAGUAUUCCAGACGCCUUCUGGUGGGCGGUGGUUUCAAUGACAACUGUAGGGUAUGGAGACAUGUACCCUGUUACCAUUGGAGGCAAAAUAGUUGGUUCUCUAUGUGCCAUUGCUGGAGUGCUGACGAUCGCACUACCGGUGCCUGUGAUUGUGUCCAACUUUAACUAUUUCUAUCACAGAGAAACUGAAGGUGAGGAACAGGCCCAACUCCUCACUGUGAGCAAUCCAAACAUCGCAUCCGACUCCAACUCCAGUCGGCGCAGUUCCUCUGUUGUCAGCAAGUCAGAAUACAUGGAAAUAGAUGAUAACCUUAAUAAUAGCAUUGAUAACUUUAGAGAGGCGAACCUGCGAACUGGGAACUGUACAGUUGCGAAUCAGAACUGUGUAAACAAAGGGAAGCUUCUCACAGAUGUAUAGAUCGAUAGUUUAAUUCUAGGGGAUUCUACAGAUUCUACAACUGUACAUAUUAUAGUAUAUUAAUAGUAUAAUACAUUGAUUGGGUUAUUUCAUUACAUAUGUUUUAUCUCAAGAUAUGAUUUCCUUUAAAUUUGUCUAAAGAAGAAUAGUAUAAAACCUGCCUAUGGACAGCAAAUACUACAUCAUUGUCAGAUGUGUAAUUUCUGUGCCACUAUUGGAACCAAAUGGAAUUGCAAACACACAAAUAGUUUAUUUAUAGUUGUCACUGCAUAUUAAGUUGGGAUAUGAGUAAGAAUUUAAAAAAGAUAUGCACUUCCCAUUUAAAGACAGAAUUACACAGAUAGAAAUGAACUACUUUAAUGCUGCCUUUAAUGCUCAAAAUUAACCUACUUCCCUCUUCUGAAGUCGUAAUUACAAGUAUGUCUUGUUUGAUUGUUUUGUUGAUGGAAACAUGGAAGAUAUUUCUUGGGGAAGUCUUAUUUUGAUAGUAUAGAUGUCAGUCAGCUUGCUGACGACAACGUAAUUUUGGUCAAAUACAUGCUAUUUUCUCUGUGUAAAAAUGUACCAUAUGCAUCAAAUGAAUACUGAUAUACGUAGUGGCAUUUAGAACAAAUGAUAAAACCUAUCAUUAACGUUAGAAACCAAGCUCUUCUCUGCAAUGUUGAAACAUUAUGUCUCUUCCCAACUCGGACUCUUCAAAAGUCCUAAAUAUGACUUGUGGGAGCAUUGAUGUGCAAAUUCUGAAAAGGAAACUUAUAUUUACGAUAAUUCCAAAAGCUUUUGAAGGCAGCAUAUAUAGGUUCACUGGAAGGCAGAUGCUUCUACUGUUGACAGCUUGUUUGGGAUGUUUUAAUAUUUUAGCAGUGCACCACAUCCCGAAAGAUUAUAAGUUAUUCAGUCAUUCAGUGACUCAUUUUACAAGUAUUUUAUCAGCAUGUAGAAUUAUUACUUUUUACUAAACAUGCAACAUUUGUUACUUAUUUUAUUUAUUGUUUGUUUGCUUAUUUGUGUCUGCCAAAGGCUACUGAUAACCAUUUACAAACUGAAUGUUCAACGAGUCUCAGUUCAUUAAUUAUGCAGAUCACGGCAUGUUUUAUGAAAAUGUAAGGUCUGUUUGAUAUGGUACUGUAUCCUGCUAUAAUUAAUAUGUUAAAAAUAACAGUUUCCACAAAUUGUCAAACUGACAGUACAACUCUCUACAACUGCCCAUUAAAAGCUUUCAGAAAUAUAUAUUAAAACUACUGUUCCAGUGAGUAUUAUCAGUUAGAUAGUAUGACUUCAUUAGGUAAAGCUUUUAAACAUGUAAAUAUUUCAUACUUAUUCACUUUUCAUAUAUAUUUAAUAUCUAUCUAUCUAUCUAUCUAUCUAUCUAUCUGUCUGUCUGUCUGUCUGUCUGUCUGUCUGUCUGUCUGUCUGUCUGUCUGUGUCAAACUAGAAAAUAAUUCAUUACAAUUUAAUAGUGCCUUCAGCCCUCAAGCUCACAUAGAGUGUGUCCAUGUGCAAAUGUUUCAAUAAGAACUCUUACACUUAAGGGAAUCAUUUCCAUAUCUUAGCAUGCACUGAUGGUCCAUGACAGUUCGAAUACAAUUCUAGAAGUACAAGGACAGUGUUUUAGGAUAUGGUCCUUGUACAUACAGCUGAAUGACAUACUAUACCCUCUGCAUUAGUCAUUGCUUUACAAAAAACAUUGAAACAUUUACUGUCGUGUUUUCUUGUUUUUCUGAGCAUCUUUAUGUAUUCUUUUGUAAUGUUUGUGUGUCAGUCAUUGGUUUCUUUGGAUCUACCUCAGUAGGAUAAGGAUAGUAUGAUUGUGAUUUCAAAACUUUAUAUCUAAUCAAAUUCUCCUGUCCUAUAGAUUCUGCAAUUGUGGAAUGAAAGUAUUAAGAAUGGCUUCAUAAAAAACCCUUAAUUCAAACUAUGCUGUACUAUUGUUACAUUUUAAUUGUCAUAUCCAUAAAUCAUAGGUGAGACCGGGGCUAGUUGUCAUACUUUUUUACUCCAGAGAAUAUUUCUCAUGGUGGGUUUAUUUUUGAAAAUCAAUAUCUGUAAAGGCACAUACUGUUCCAUAAAGUCUUCAUUGCAAAAAAGAUACUGAACAUGUUCACUGUUAUUACACAGGAAUAAAGACAUAUAUAUAUAUAUAUAUUCUACCUUCAUUAUGCACUGUAGUUGGAACUUUUCUCAAUGUAUACUAGUGUGUUUUUAUUGUGUUUGCUUGUUUUAUCCAACAACUAUUGCAAAAUUACGAUACGGACAAAACACAUUUGUGUAAUUGGACUUUUACAUUUCAUUGCGACAACUAGCCCUGGUCUCUCCUAAAUAAUAAAAAUAAUAAUAAGAAGAAGAAAAAAAGAGAAAUCAAAUUGAUCAAUUAGUAAGAGAUUUUAAGAAUUCACAACAGCAAAAACAAUAGUCAACUUGGAAUGAUGCUAUGUAAGCAAAACUGCUGCCAGUCCUCUAUAAUAUGCACAGGUCUGUAUCAGGAAGUGGAACUGCCAGUACUAUCAGUGUCAGAUCUAAAAAUAAUACCUUUAAUUAGAGUGUAAAUGCCGUCUUUCAAAACCGAAAGCACUUUAAACAAGGUUUAUGUUUUUAUAGGUUUUGUACAAUAAUGACAAAGUAUUAGAGGUAAAACAAAGAAUCUAAAAGACAAUGUGUUGAUUUGUCUAUGUAAAUGAACAAUACAGCAUCAAUACAGCAUGAAUACAGCAUUAAAACAGCAUUAAUACAGCAUUAAUACAGCAUAAAUACAGCACCAAUACAGCAUUAAAACAGCAUUAAUACAGCAUUAAUACAGCACCAAUACAGCACUAAAACAGCAUUAAUACAGCAUUAAUACAGCACCAAUACAGCAUCAAUACAGCAUUAAUACAGCAUUAAUACAGCAUUAAUACAGCACCAAUACAGCAUUAAUACAGCACCAAUACAGCAAUUAUAAGCAUCUUAUCCCUUUAAUUCGUACUUUAGGGCAUUUACUUUAUUCACUUCCACACUGAACAUCAUAACAGUGGAGCUUUGUCUAAGACAGCCAGUAAAAUUGCAGAAUUAAAAAAUAUUGAAUAAAAAAAAAAUAUUUGUUUUUAAAUGACAAUACAUUCAUACUGCAGGUCCAUACCAGAGUUAUAUUUAUUAAAUGCUGACCUAUUAUGAAACAUUGAAGAAUAAAACACAACAUAAAACAGUGGACAUUUACAUUUUUCAUGUCAUUUAUGUAGUUUAUAAAGAUCAAAUACUAAUGCAAUAUCUGUUACUUCAUAUAGAUAAAAGUACACAACAGAAACUACAUCAGAGACAAAUACAAUAACAUGUAAUAAGAAUCACUGCCAGGGUUAUAAAACAAAGGGGUUAUGGCAGUAACAUGUGUUUUUAGAAAACUUCCUGCAUAAAUGUGUAGAUUUGAACAUUGUUAGGAUAUAUUAUUUGUUUUUUCUCUCUGUAAGACAUGGAAGGUUUGUAUAAAUGAAUUUCUGUAUUAUACUUUGUUAGGCCCUGGUUUUCAUGUUGGGCUUGUCAUAUGAGUGUUAUGCCAUAAAUGAGACUCAAGCACUUUGAUAUUAUGCAUGCAGUCAGCACUGGACUUAUGUUGCUCUGUUGGAUCAUGCAAAUGCUGGGAAAAGCUUUGUUUUCUUUGCUAAUAAAUCAUUUAAUUGUGAUACUUGAGUUGUGUUUUGGGUGUUGCAUACUUUCAGUUUG